AUGGAGAUCACUGAGAGGCCAGAUGUUCAUAUCCCAUCUUCUGAUCGAUUCCAUCGGCCGAAAGGAACUGUGGAGAAACGCAGAGUAGCAGCAGCACAAGAGGCUGGUAAACCACUGGAGGCGGUGGCCGCCACGUCCCCUGCUCUGCGUGCGGCCGACGACUCAAUGGGCAGCCGCGACCUCCCACCAUCACAUUCCGUACGGUGGAGCAGUGCUGGUAAUCCACGCUCAAAACAGCAUGUGUUGGCGGCAGUUCGCGGCUCCUCGAUUCGCCGAAGCAUGGACGCGGGGCUGGCACCAGUGUUGGCGGUGCCCACAGAUGUCCGUCCAACCGGCGGCCAGUCGCUUAUACUAAACACCACCUCCGUGGCGUCCACACUUCGGCGGGAACAGGCGGUGAUGGACCGCGAGACACACCUGCAACUCUGCUUUGAACGGCAGCAACGGCGUCAUGACCCGUCACACGGCUUCGACAGGCAGUCACUAGACUAUGUGUAUUACAACCACCGUAGCAAGGGCUGCUAUAUUCCCCGGGAGACUGCGAAGGAUCGCUCUAUAUUGACCUACAAUCAUAUGUUCGAUUUUUCAGAUGGUUCGCGGUUUGUGCGUGGCGGGAGUGAGCCUGCGCAGCCCAACCCGUGCGUUAUAAACUCACUCACAGGCACGUUCAAGUCGCUGAGCCGCACAAGCCAGAAGCCACGCAUAGAGAGCCGUGUUGGUGGAAGGCACGGUGACUCCAAACCGUGGCGCCCAAAGUCCCCGCGCACCGUCUCUGUUGACCUGGCGCACAGCCUGCAGGUGUCCGACUUGCGCAUUAAGCCAUUUCAGAAGCGGACCAUCGUGGAGGAUGUGAUCGCCAGCGACCUUCGAUGUGUAGCGAAGGCAUGUGAGGGCAUCAACAGCGUGGUCUCACAGGGUAAAGUGAAGUGGGAGGAGGUGCCGGAGAAUCUACGCGUCUCCCUUGGUGAGGAGCGCUCUCGACACACCGCGUCACUCGAAAGCGUGCGUGCUUCAGCCGAGGCAGCGGCCCACAGGCGUGGCGAAAGCCAAGACGCGAGAUAUCAAGAAGACUCCUCUUAUGUUCCCUUGAGUUCGACAGAACACAAACGUGAGCAGCAGACCCAACAGCAGCCGCAGAUGGGUAGCACCUCCGGCAGGGGCCAACAGCGACAGCAGGUCUUCUUCACGGAACCUGCGGAUCGUGUAUUGUUAGGUUUCACAGAGAAUGUUCGUCAGCCUGUGAUUUGCAAAGAUGGAACGCCGUCAUAUUAUUACGUUCAAAAGCGUGAUGGGGAUCAUGAAAACGUGAGUGGAAGGACAGAAGAAGAUGUUGGACCUUUAACGGUCGAACAACGAAAACAGCAGCAGGAAAGGCAGCCACCGAGCCAAUCCCCUGUUCUGUUUCCGUCUCCGGGAAGUGGGGAGCGUGCUGUGCUUCUCCCUCAUGUUGCAGUGACGCAGCUGCAGGAGGCGGAGUGGUUCUCCCCAACCGCGUCCCGCAGGCCGCCGCCACCCGGUGCAACAACGACGGUGGCGGGCCCCACCUGGAGGCCAGAGAAGCCACUUCCCUUCGAAACGUCGCGGCUUUGCUUCCGUCGUAAUUACGACGUGGGUGACACAAAGCCGUCCCCUGGGGCGAUCCACUGGUGGGCCGCAAAGACGUUGCAGUGA